AUGUAUUUAAGUUUGAAUAAGUUUUUACAGCCAAAUUUUCCACAUAAAAGCGUGUUGAGUUUAUCCAAUGCCAUUGUUGGUGCAUCUGUUCUCUCGAUGCCUUACUGUUUUCAACAAUGUGGAAUCAUUUUGGCGACAGUCUUAAUGGUUGUCUGCGGAAUACUUACGUCCUACUCAUGUAAGAUUUUGAUCGCAAGUGCUCAAGCAACACACUCAACGACGUACGAAUAUUUAAGUUUAAGAGUGUUAGGACGAACAAUGAAAGUUAUUGUAGAACUAAGUUCAAUUGGUUUACUGUGCGGUUCAAUUGUUGCAUAUCAAAUGAUUGUAGGUGAUCUUGGAUCGGUGAUCAUUUCACAGAUAUUUGACAUAACGAAUUCACCAGUGAUCCGAGCUUGUGUUAUGAUAGUUUUGACAUGCACGAUAUCUUUUCCAUUGAGUUUAUCGGAAAGAUUCGAUCAUUUGACGCCAAUAUCAAUUCAAUCGAUCAUCUUCUAUCUUCUUUUUUGUAUAUAUACAUUUGCACAAAUAUGGUUAAGUCCAGGAAUGGCGACAUUCGAUGUCGAUAAACUUGCAUACUGGAGAUGGACAGGUCUAUUUGUUAGUUUGCCAAUCGUAUCACUGUCAUUCUCAUGCCAAACAAUGCUCUUCGUCGUUUACACCGAGUUAUCCGAUUCAACUUCUCAUGCUAUCAAUGAUAUCAUUGAUCUGUCAGUUACAUUGGUUGGAUUUAUUUAUUUCAUUGUUGGAAUUUUUGGUUACUCGGUCUUUUCGUCGCUGAAUGAAUACAUACCUGGAAAUAUCAUGCAAAUAUAUCCAAAGGACCUCAUUCAACAAAUCUUUCUAUGGGGCUUUGUGUUCAAUUGCACAACCGGCAUCCCGUUCAUGGUGAAUCCAACACGACGAAGUUUAUUCACACUAUGGAAUGACCGACAACAACAAUCUCUUUUCGGUGAAUGUCAUCUGAUACCCCGACAGUUGUUCGUUAUUCUCACAGCAGUCAUUGUUUUCACUUCAACAUUUAUAGCCAUAUGUAUUCCCAAUCUUGAAUUUGCAUUAGCACUAACCGGUGCUACAAGUGGACAACUAAUCUGUUAUAUCCUACCUGCGAUUAUUACUCUUUAUGCUCUCCCACAUGGAAUCGAUAUUUUCAAAACAAAGCUAUUAAUGGUACUUGGCAUUGUUUCGCUUGUCAUGUGCGCCAUAAUGACAUUUGAAAAAGAAAUUUUAGAAAAUACGCCUAUGCUGUUAUCAACUAUUAAAACGUCGUCAUUGUCUUCUACAUCAGAGCUAACGAACACAUCAACAGUGCAUUCAUCCCAAUGA